AUGGACACAGCUCCAGCGCUUCGCGACCACCAGGGCGGUGACUUCUUGGCUGAACUCUGCCGCUUGCUUGGCUCGCGCCUGCGCGAGCUGACGAGCAUGCAGUUCACUACAGCCUGCAGCACUGUCGCUGCAUGGUCAGCAGACCCCAAGAGAAGACGGGCGCCACUCUUCGCUCAGCUCUCCAAGGUCUUUUUCACAGCAGCGGCAAACGAGAUGUCCUCACGUCUCAUGACAUUUGCGCCACACGAGCUCAACAGCUGCCUCGCGGCUUUUGUGUCCGUAGGUUUCUCGGAGCACAAGUUCUUUGCAUCAGUCGGCCGCGCGGCUUUGGCUCGGCACAGCAGCUUCGCACCGGUUCAGCUAACCGCCUUGCUUGCUAUCCUGUCCGAGAUGCGGCUGGUGCACACAGACCUCUUCAAUGCAGCUGCAACAUUCCUCUCUUCACGGACAAAGGAGUUGCGGCCAGUUGACAUUAUCCGCGUGUUGCGGUCGUUUGCGAAAUGCAACGUCCAGCACCAGGGUCUGUGCAGAGCGGUGGGAGACGAGGUUGUCAGCCGAGUGAAAGGAGGCGUCAGCUUCCGCGCCGAGGAUCUGUGCGAGAUCACCUGGGCGCUGUGCGUAUUGGAGCAUUUCAAUCCAGACAUCUUUGAGAUUUUGCUGAAGGCGCUGAGAAAGGUGCCCGUGGUGCCUUCAGAUGCGCUUACUCAGCUCUUCGAGUGCCAUCUGGCCCUCGAGACCGAGCAGAAGAGCCAGUAUCGAAGGUUCAGAGACAGAAUGGAUCAGGAAACAGUGGAAGCCCUUCAGGACCACUACAGGGAAGCCAGGAAAGAUGAGAGGCGGUGUUCGGACAAGCACCGCAGCGACGUGGCCUCCGUGCUGAAAUCCUUGGUCGAGGGUUCCGUGCACGUGAACCACAGGACAAGCUGUGGGCUGCUAGUCGAUGUGGCAGCGCUGCGGAAGCGGAGUUCAACCGACGGCUUUGUCCAUGUUGACUUAGACUCCAACGUGACCUUCGUGCGGUCUCUGGACCAUGAUGACCCAGCCACCGCUGGGAUCGUCAUCGAGGGUGCGGUCGCGCUCAGGCGGCGCAUUCUUCAAAAACAAGGUCUCAGGCUCGUCACAGUUCGUGAAAGCGAGUGGCGAGACCUCGACGAGAGCAAGGAGAAGCGCCGACAUCUGCGAAAUCUCCUUUCCGCGCUGGGGGACGUUUUGGAGUGA